AUGUCUGCUAUUGGACCCCAGCUCCCUCCGCAUCUGCAAAACCGCAAGAGAAGCCAUGAUGAAGACGACGAGGGCGAGUCGUCCGACUCUUCUACUGGCCCUCUUCCGGCGAAAUCUGCACAAGAAGGCACAAACUCCUCCGCAAAACGGCCUCGAGUCGUCGGUCCAAGCCUCCCACCAGCACCUUUGGACGAACGCCCACCUUCAAGUCCUCCGAGACCAACAGAGGAAAGCGACUCUGAGACGGAUGAGGAUGAUGAUGAUGAUGAUACUUUCGGCCCCAGUCUGCCCUCAGCCAACGACCGCCCUAUCAAGUCUUCGGCGUCUUCGUCAAUAGGUCCGCAGGGCUCUAUAGCUACAGUGCCAGUGAAGCGUGACGAAUGGAUGACGGUGGCACCCUCCAGCGGGGACUGGUCUGCAAGAGUUGAUCCAACUAAACUGAAGAAUCGCAAAUUCAACACUGGACGCGGGGCAAAGGGUCCAUCACAUAUUACUGCGGGCACGGGGGACUCGUCGUGGCAUGAAACCCCAGAACAAAAGCAAGCAAGAUUGAAGAGAGAGGUCAUGGGCAUCAAUGAUGCUUCUACAUCCGCGAGGUCGUCGAAUUCUGGUCCAGCGAAAGGUCCUGAUGAUGAAGCCACGGCGCGAAGGUUGAAGGAAUACAAUGAGACUCAACGCGGGCCAUCCCUCUACUCCACCCACACCGCCUCCCAGAACAAGCCUCUGGAUGAUGAUCCUAGUGCCCGAGCUUUUGACCGGGAGAAAGACAUUGGAUCUGGUUCAGCAAUCACCGCCACCCAGCGCAGGGACAUGGUCAAAAAGGCCUCGGAUUUCUCCUCGAGAUUUGAGAAGGCGAGGUAUUUGUGA